AUGGCGGAUACGGCAGAGAGCGGCAAGGCCGAGGAGAAGUCCGAGCAGAAGACGGAGGUGCUCUUCGAGGACGUGCUGGAGCGGUGCUGCGGCACCGGCCGCUGGCAAACGCUGCUCAUCGGGUACAUGUCUGUCAUGUGGCUGCUCUUCCCCGUCUUCUCCAUGUCCAUGAUGUUCGUCGGCGCCACGCCCAAGUUUAGAUGCGCCGACGGCUUCGCCGCCAACGUCACUUUCGCCACUCUGCCGUCCGAUACACCGCGCUGCCACGCGGCCAACUCGACGGCCGCCUGUCAGCGCUGGGCGUUCGACCCUUCCGUGUACGUGUCGACGGUGGUGACUGAGUGGACGCUGGUGUGCGGCCGCAAGCCGCUGCUCUCACUGCUGCAGACGUGGCUGAUGAUCGGCGGCCUGUUCGGCUCGGUGGCGAGCGGCCACUUCGCGGCCGUGCGCUUCCUGACGGGCGUCGCCACGUCGGCCAUGAUCAGCAGCCAGUACGUGCUGGUUCUGGAGCUGUGCAGCAGCGAGCGGCGCGCCGCGAUCGGUAUCGUCUCAAUCAUGCCAUUCGCCUUUGGCACCUGCUUCGUCGCGCUCGGCUCGUACCUGAUCCGCACGAGAUGGCUGCUCCAGCUGGCGUACGCCGUGCCGUGUCUUAUCUUCCUGUUCAACUUCUGGCUGAUGCCCGAGUCGCCCCGCUGGCUGGUGCUGCAGGGCCGGUUCCCGGAGCUGGUCCGGACGCCGCACAUGCGUCGCCGAACACUCAUCGCCGUCUUUCUCGGCUUCAUCAUCGCCGGCUCCUACUUCGGUAUCUCGUUCGACACGACGCAACUGGCGGCGAGCCCGCAUUUGGCAGCGGUGUUUUCCGGUCUCGCCGACAUUCCCUCCAGCUUAGUGUUUCCCCUUCUGGACCGGCUGGGACGGCGACGCUCGCUGAUCCUCCUCCUCUCGCUGCAGGCCGCCGCCAUGUUACUCACCUUCGUGCAGAAGGACACCACGCUCUGGCUGGUACUUGGCGUGGUUGCCAAGAUCGGCGCAUCCUCCGCCUUUAACACGAUAGUGGUGUUCACUGCCGAACUGAUGCCCACUGAGACCAACGGCCGCCCGAUGCCGGAGACGGUGGCCGAUGUAGAUGGGCAGCCGGUGUCCGCCGCACCGACCGCCGAACGCAGCCGCACCAAUGAGGCGUGCCAGGGCGCUGACGAUUCCACGCCGCUCCGCUGCACCGCCCUCACCGAAGGCGGCUACCUGGUCGUCACCGCCUACCGCGGCCUCUUGCGUGCCUUCACCGCCGAGCCAUUCCCCAAAAUGGCGUUGAGGCAGGUUCUGCCGACCAGUAACACGACGGACGUGAAGCACGCGCGCCUGUCCGGCGGUGCGGCGACGGAGCGCGGAGCCUCCGUGAGCCUGCCGUGUGCGUGGGCCAGGAUCACGGAGUGCGCCGAGAGGAGCGUGACGCGUCGCUGA